AAAAGAAAGAUACCACAAUAUUAAUGCGCAGCACGUUGCACUCGCACGUAUUACUCUCACAGAAACACCAAAAUAACAUCAAAUCUUAUUAUCUAAUUAGUAUAUAUUUAAUAAUACAGAAAUAGAAACUCGAGUUCAUAUAAUGUUGAAUCGAAUCUGUGCUCUGUGAUUCUUUUAAUCGCACCUACAAAUUCUCUAUUAUCGGUUAUAAAUUUUAUUAUCAAAUUGCUUAUUUUGACGAGUUAUUUAGGUGAAUUGAUACGAUAUCGCACUUUUCUAUCAUAUCUUAUGUUCUUUCGUUCUUGGUCAUUUUCGAUAUAUCGCAAUCAUAUUCUAAACAUAUUACAUUUGUCCAAUGUAGAUAAUAAAGUUGCGAUAUCCGAUUAUCUCUACUCUUUUUAAGAGAUAACUGUAUAUACCUCUCUUGAAAUGCCCACUCCUAUGAAUACUGCCUUUGUAUUCCCGACGAAAUAUAAAAAUAAGGUCCGCGCACGAGGCCUGAAUUAUUUCUUCCGCAAAGCUGAGUGAGAAGCACCCGACCAAUGGACAUCCCGUUCACUUAUUUACCGUGGCCCCAAGCAAACUGAUCGUGGAACAUGUAUUGAAUUUUUCAUACGGACCGCCUCGUCUUUUUUCCGUUGCUCGAGUUCUUUUUAAAAAUUCCUGUGAGAGACCGGUAGCCUCGAUUCUUUCCUAAAAGAUUGAACGGCCGUUUCGCAUCCAGGAAGGAAAGUGUUCUGUGCCCAAAAUGCGCGUCGUGACACUCGUAUCGCUAUCAAUUUUAUUAUUCUGUACUUUUCAACGUAGCCAGGAGUACAACAUCCUCGGUAUUUGCCCGAGCUCAAGUUACAGCCAUCAACAAGCUUUUCGAGCAUUGAUGAAAGGACUGGCGGCUCGUGGUCAUAACAUUACUGUUAUAUCAACAAUUCCCUUGAAGGAUCCUCCACCAAAUUAUGAGAAUGUUGACUUGUCAUCGUCAUAUAUAUAUAUGAAUUGCACAGGAUUAAGACAUAUGGGAAAGUAUGAAUUUACGCGAUACAAUAUGUUGGGAGCAACUUAUGUAUGUAAACAUCAAUUAUAUACUCCUGCUAUUAAUCAACUUCUAGCCAAGAACAAAACCUUCGACGCGAUCAUUAUAGAGCAAUUAUGGUACCAGUGUUAUUACGCCCUUGUAAAGCACUACAACUUCCCCGUGUUGAUUGGAUUUUUAAGCGUAGGCAACUUGCCCUAUGUAAUGGAUUCCGUAGGAAACCCAGACGACCCUAAUUUCAAUCCAGACAUGACGUAUCCGUUCACGGACAGAAUGACAAUCAAUGAACGUAUAAAAAAUAUCCUUUACACAACAUGGACAAGAUUAUAUUAUCGAUUCUGGCAUCUACCAAGAGCUCAAGAUUUAGCUAACGAGAAGAUGCCCGGUACAUCUGUCUAUGAUAUUGAUAAAAAUUUUAGUCUAGUAAUUCUAAGCAACAAUCACGUAUUUGGUUAUCCAAAGCCACUUUUGCCACAUGUGAUUGAAGUUCAUAGCUUACAUAUUUUGGAAAAACCCGAUCCUUUACCUAAGGAUAUUCGUGAGUUUCUGGAUAACGCUCAGGAUGGUGCUAUUUAUUUCUCUCUGGGCUCGAAUCUGCAAACUGACCAACUACCCGCUGGGACUUUGACCACAUUGUGCAACGCCCUAGGCUCGCUCAAGCAAAGAGUUCUAUGGAAACAUGAUGGUAACAUGGCCAUUCAUCCAACCAACAUCAAAUUUGUGAAGUGGGUAUCCCAGCAAGCGGUCCUCGCACAUCCCAAGGUGAUAGCGUACGUGAUGCAGGGUGGAUUGCAGUCGUUGCAGGAGGCGGUGCACUAUUCCGUGCCGUUAGUCGCAAUACCCUUUUUUGGGGAUCAACAUUUCAACGCACGUAAAAUCCUAGACGCCGGUAUCGGACUGACACUGGACAUCGACACCAUAACCGAAAACUCCAUCGUACAAACGCUCACGGAAAUCGUCGAAAAUAAAACGUAUUUAAACAAUAUACAAACGAUGUCGGCGAUUGUGCGGGACGAAUUGGUGAAACCUAUAGACAAGGCAGUGUGGCACGUGGAGCACGUGUUGAAAUUUCCAAACUCAAAACAUUUACAAUAUCGUGGACACGAUGUAUCAUGGAUAGAUUAUUACAUGCCGUACCUGCUCUUCUAUUUAUCUUGCGUUACAAUAUUUAGAGGCUUUAUUUAUUUGUUAUAUAAAUAUGUUAUACGAAAUAUGUUAUACAAAAUUGUUAAGUACUUUAGGAAAAACAAACAGACAGCAAAUUUGAAACGCGAUUGACAAAUUUAUGAUACAAAGUAAUAACAAUUCAUUAUGUGCAGUAAGAGAUAUUUGGCAUGACAGAUAGGUAAACAUUAUUCCUAUCUAUAAUUCUUGCAAUAAAAAUAUAAACAAUAUUUUACUGAAA